CAGAGCUUUCAUCCAGCCACGGGCCAGCAUGUCUGGGGGCAAAUACGUAGACUCGGAGGUAGGCAUCGGUGGGGGCGCGCCGGCCCGGGCGCGCGGGGAGUGUCCGCUUCUGCUAUCUGCCUCUCCAAAUAUCCCGAUUGCUGCCCUGGCCCCAGCCCUCUCUCCACUUCGGAGCACUCCUCUGGCAUUGGCACCGCUGAGGAAUGGGCCUGGGCGGGGAGGUGAAGAGAAGCCAGGAAUGUUUUAUGUUUUCCUAAUGGGGAGGGGGCCUAGGGAGCCCCUGAGCUAGGAGAACAAGGAAAAGGGGAUUGGGGUCCUGAGACUGGGUCUGUCGGACCCAGGACGCAUUUUCUGGAUGGGUCUAGAAUGCUCCCUUGUCGCGGGACCCCCGGUCCGGCCCUGCCUGCUGGGGGUUCGAAGAGGUGGAGUGCAGGGUGGUGGUGUCAUUUACCCGAGUCCUGGGACAGUCCCCGAGACUCCCCGCCAGGCGUCCAGACCGGCAGGUCGAGGAGGCGGCGCGCAGUGUGUUUGCACUUUCCAAAGUUCUUGAACCAUCUCAAGAACUCCUUCUGUAUCUUGGCGUCUGGCAGGGGUGUUCUGAGAGGGGUGGACCUCCCCUCCCCAAACUGCCACCAUCACUUCCAACGCCCUCCACGCGCUGGAGCUCUGCCCAGGUGUGGAGACCUCGUUUUACAACACGCAGCUGCCCUUCAGCCACUCGCCCGCAGCCUGGGAGUACUCUGGGGGUGGGUCGUGGGAGCUGCGCAGGGACAUCUCUACACCGUUCCCAUCCGGGAACAGGGCAACAUCUACAAGCCCAACAACAAGGCCAUGGCAGACGAGCUGAGCGAGAAGCAAGUGUACGACGCGCACACCAAGGAGAUCGACCUGGUCAACCGCGACCCUAAACACCUCAACGACGACGUGGUCAAGAUUGACUUUGAAGAUGUGAUUGCAGAACCAGAAGGGACACACAGUUUCGAUGGCAUUUGGAAGGCCAGCUUCACCACCUUCACUGUGACGAAAUACUGGUUUUACCGCUUGCUGUCUGCCCUCUUUGGCAUCCCAAUGGCGCUCAUCUGGGGCAUUUACUUCGCCAUUCUCUCUUUCCUGCACAUCUGGGCAGUUGUACCAUGCAUUAAGAGCUUCCUGAUUGAGAUUCAGUGCAUCAGCCGUGUCUAUUCCAUCUACGUCCACACCGUCUGUGACCCACUCUUUGAAGCUGUUGGGAAAAUAUUCAGCAAUGUCCGCAUCAACUUGCAGAAAGAAAUAUAAAUGACAUUUCAAGGAUAGAAGUAUACCUGAUUUUUUUUCCUUUUAAUUUUCCUGGUGCCAAUUUCAAGUUUCAACUUGCUAAUACAGCAACAAUUUAUGAAUGAAUUGUCUUGGUUGAGAACAAAAAGAUCACUUUCUCAGUUUUCAUAAGUAUUAUGUCUCUUCUGAGCUAUUUCAUCUAUUUUUGGCAGUCUGAAUUUUUAAAACCCAUUUAAAUUUUUUUCCUUACCUUUUUAUUUGCAUGUGGAUCAACCAUCGCUUUAUUGGCUGAGAUAUGAACAUAUUGUUGAAAGGUAAUUUGAGAGAAAUAUGAAGAACUGAGGAG